GGCGAUGAAGAUGAUCAAAUGAAGGAACUGAACGCAAAUACUUCAAAAAUGUGCGAUGAGAUUCCACUGGAUGAAUUUAAUAUAAUUCGCUCUGAAAAUCUGCAAAAAUCAAGUGACUGGAGAGCAAACAUCACAGAAGAAGCCUGUUUGAAAUACUUCGACAGCGUCAUUAAACUACAACAGACGGACUGAAAUCUGGCUGAUUAUCGGAUCAAUCUUUGCACAAAAUAUUGCGCACAUUCUUGAAAUCUUAUUUCCUGUCGAAAGCUGUAGGGCUUACUGAAAUAAAUGAUUGGACCUCAUAUCCAAGAUAAGUAGCCUAGCCUAAACCGUAGCCUAUAGCCUCAGUUUUCAAAUCAAACGCAUUUUCAUAAAAUGCGCAAUUUGGAGUACUAUAUAGUCUACAUGAUGUACAGCAUAAAAAUAGAUAUGCAUUUUGAAUAUUGAGGGUAGGUUGUGAACUUGUUGACGAUUUUUCUGUUAGCACGUAUAUUUAAAUGAAACAAGUGAAUACUUAUCAUUAAUUGUCAUCAUGGGUAUCUAUUCUGCGAAGAGCAGCGAAAUCUGAGCCUUUUAAUGUGCAGAGUCGCGUAAUUUUAGGAAGGAAAUGUCCCUGCCCCCUUCUCGGUUUCUGUGGAAAUGUUAGGCUAUUUAAAGUCCUUGUAUUGAUAUUCUGUAACAUGGCCCCAUAAGGGUUUUGUCAUUGGUGUCCUUCAGGCCCAGUAGGCUAUUGCUGACUUAUUAGCAACCCCCUAACAGUGUUUCAAAUUCACUGAAAUUAGUUUUACAAUAACACUUAGCUCCUGUUCUUCCUAAUGUUUCAGGACAACGUAUUGUAAUUAAUCUGGCAUUCAAUAUCGUUAUAAUGAAACUGACACCAAGUUAGGAGGCACAUCAAUUUUUUAUAAACUUGGCAACAACUGUGAGUUAAGUAGGCUCCCUAGGACAUUAGCCCCUAUAAUUUGUUUCAUAGUCAUUAAAGUACUGCCAAAUCCUAGGACUUAAGCUACUCUACAGCAAGUGGAAUACAAGUCAUCCAAUGUCUGAACUUAAGAAGCUUUGUAGGUUGUGAAUAUUUAGCUCAUGCACUGUUAGAUCUGUGGAAAGCGUCCUUUCAUCAUGCAAAACUGGACUCCUAAGAUACACCCGGAAUCUCCUCAUGUCCAUGGUGCCUGCAUCCGAAUGGAGGGUGCAGGGAACACAAUCUGGAGAGACUCAAAGCUAAGAGACCUUACCUGGCCCAUUUCACAAUGUGCUUGUGAUCAAACAAUGGUUUCGAGUUGCAGUAGGAAUUUGCAAGCAGCCGGAGCUGCAUGGGCCUGUCCUUCGAGCUUUAAUGCCACAGUUCCUGGGUGUCCGAAAUCAAGCCCAGAAACCAGCAAACCAGCGGCCAGUGAACUACAUCUUGACCGCUUACGUUGGGACAGCAGGAUCCUGAUUCAGGCACACUGGGAGAGUUCAUUCCCAGGUCCCAGAGAUUCACAGGAGUCAUGCUUUCAGCCAAAUGAAGAUAACUUGCCAAGCACCACAUUUUAUGCAUCUGAUCAUCAGUUGAGCCAAAAGGCUUAUCGUCAUGAAGGCUUGUAUCAUUGCCAACUGAAUGAGCUUCCUACCUUUGGCAAGAUACAGAAGACCUCAGCUGGAAAUAGCACACCCCUACCCACAAUCCCAGGUAGCCAUCUUGUCAAGACACAUGUUACCCAGAAUGCACCAUCACACUCUCUCAGGAGCACGAGACCUCAGUGUUCCCUGCCUAACAUGUUGCCUGCUGGAUCAAGCUGUGGGGACUCAGUAGAGGCAGGACACAUAGCCCUGGCAGCCCAAGUGAGGCUCCGGGCACUGUUGGCACAGUGCUGCCAGCCUCUGAACUCCCUGUUUGGGGUCCACCAGGAUGCUGUUUGUUGCCGCCACUACUAUGCCACUGCUGUCGUAUGCUGGCUCUUCUGUAUCAUCACCACCACCAUGGUGCUUAUUGCAGCUACUGCAUUUAGAUCACCCCACAAUGGAGACUGAAACACAGUGUUCCACGGAAUAGCUGUUAUGUUUGUAUUAUGCCUUGCUCUGUUGGGGCUGGAUUAUUAUGUGAGUGUGUUAACAUAUUCUUUCACUAGUUAAAAAAAGAUGUAUAAUCAAUGUAUGUGUCUCAAUAAUCAAUGUAAUUGUUAUCAAGGUUUUCACAAGGAGAUUCAGUUCUCAUGUGACAAAUGAGCAGGAAUACUAUCAAUCUGCACACAUUGCAGGUUUAUCAUAGCCAGGACAUAAUGAGGAGAGGGGUCUCAAUCUUUCAUUAUGCUGAGAUCGGUAUUGUGACAUGAUCACUUUUAUCCUUUGGUAUAAGUGUGUGUAGAGUCAUUAAUAAAGGUGUAAAUAAAAAUGAGUGUGGUCGGCA